ACCCGUAUUGCAUCGAAUGGCGCAUACAUAAUCUUCGGGGGCCAGUCUGCAGCCUGCUGAAUGAGGUAUUUUUAAUUCGAAAUAAUUUCGGACCAUUAGAUUAAGUGCAUCGACGGUCCGGAAUUGGUGGACAAGAAUCAUUUUCCAAUCUUCAGAAGGCAAUGGCCCUAAAUGGCAGAGAUUGAGAGAGAGAGAUGAUGGCUACGAGGAAGCUAUGUUUGAGCUUCAAUCGAGCUCUCGGGGUUGCCAACAGGUCCCUCAAGUCUCUGAAUUCCCCCGGUGAGUCCCUGGAUUCAAGAACUUACGCCUCUCUCACUCACGGAAUUCACGUCUUUCAUUGCCCCGAUGAGGUUGGGAUUGUCGCAAAACUGUCGGAGUGUAUUGCCUCCAAUGGCGGAAACAUACUCGGGGCCGAUGUUUUCGUCCCGGAGAACAAGAAUGUCUUCUAUUCCAGAAGUGAGUUCAUCUUUGACCCGCUCAAGUGGCCGCGGGCUCAAAUGGAUGAAGACUUCCUCAAACUGUUGAAGAGGUUCAACGCCAUGAGGUCCGUCGUUCGAGUCCCACUCCUUGACCCGAAGUACAAGAUUGCUGUUCUGGCUUCAAAACAGGACCACUGUCUUGUUGAUCUAUUACAUGGGUGGCAGGAAGGGAGACUUCCUGUGGACAUAACUCGCGUGAUAAGUAAUCACGAAAGGGUGCCCAACACACAUGUAAUUCGUUUUCUCGAAAGGCACGGGAUCCCUUACCAUUAUCUACCAACAACCAAGGAGAACAAGAGAGAAGAUGACAUCUUGGAACUGGUUCGAGACACCGAUUUCUUAGUACUUGCUAGAUACAUGCAGAUAUUGUCGGGCAAAUUUUUGAGAGGCUACGGGAAGGACAUAAUUAACAUUCACCAUGGCCUUUUGCCUUCAUUCAAGGGUGGGAAUCCCUCCAAGCAGGCCUUUGAUUCAGGUGUAAAGUUAAUUGGGGCUACGAGUCAUUUCGUGACUGAACGACUUGACGCGGGACCCAUUAUCGAACAAAUGGUUGAGAGAGUUUCUCACAGAGACAACUUGCAUAGUUUUGUACAUAAGUCGGAGAACCUCGAGAAGCAGUGCCUCAUAAAAGCAGUAAAAUCAUACUGCGAACUUCGGGUUUUGCCUUACGAACAAAACAAAACCGUUGUUUUCUAACAGGAUUACAAAAGCUGAAUUAAGAGGCUGUAUUUGUAUGUACAUCACAUUCUCUAAUUUCACACUAUCCCGAUUAUUUUCUCGACUUAAUUCCCAUAUUUUCCUCA